UCUCUUUUUGUCUAUCCGUCUGAAGUGAAGGGGAAAAAAACAAGAACGAUGGCCAUUUUGCCUGCAAAUCCCAUCCGCCAUUUCUGACCCCGUGUUUUGCUCUCUCUUUCAUCAAUCCAUCCAUUGAUUGAUUACAUACCAGAUAGACGCAUUGGAUUUUUUUCCUUUUUCUUUAACCAGAAAGCAGAAUGGAGAGUAGUAGUAGUAUCAUUAAUAGCUCCGAUGAAUCCUUGGAUUGUUCUUCCCAUUCUCAACAACAGCAGCAAAAUCAAGAGCCCCAUGAACAGCUAGAAGAACAAUCCAUUUCUGGACAUGGUGGCCAGCGAGUUUAUUUAGUCCCCCUCAGGUGGUGGAAGGAAACGCGUGACUCUUCAUUGUCAGAUGAAAAGAAGGGAAUCUUGUACACUGCAUCGCCUAUGCCAUCAUAUGGAGGGCCGAUGAAGCUAUUCAACAAUUUUUUCAGUUCUGAUCUUUCAUUUAACCUGAGAAAAGAGGAUCAUUCAUUGUCACAUAAUCGUGGGAAUGGUGAAGUUGGGGUAUCAGGUCGUGACUAUGCUUUGGUCUCAGGUGAAAUGUGGCUUCAGGCACUCAAAUGGCACAGUGACUCUAAAAUUGCAUCAAAGGACGGCAAAAGUUCUGCUGAAGAAGAUAUGUCAGAUGUGUAUCCUUUACAGCUCAGGCUAGUUGUUCUGCGUGAGGCUGACUCAUUUGGCGUGAAGAUAAGUAAAAAGGAAAAUACUUUGGAGUGCUUUAGGAGGGCCUGCAAGAUUUUCUCUGUUGAGACUGAGCUAUUAAGGAUUUGGGACUUUUCUGGCGAGAUGCUUAUUUUUUUCUUGAGCGAGAAGCUUAAGAUGCUAAAGGACAGUCAGCGACAGUCAGAGCAAGAUAUGCUACUGGAGUUGCAGGUUUAUGGGUUAUCUGAUCCUGUUAGAAAUAGAGGAGUGAAACGAGAUGAUAUGACAAUGCAACAUUCUAAUGGUGGUUCACUUAUGAUGAAUGGUUGUACAGGAAAUUUGUCGUCUAAUCACUUGCAGAGCAACUCUAAUAUGUCUGUUGGCAGCUCAUGUGAAGUUGGUACUUUAGGCUUAACAGGGUUGCAAAACCUAGGCAAUACAUGUUUCAUGAAUAGUGCCAUCCAGUGCCUAGCUCACACCCCAAAGAUGGUUGAUUACUUCCUUGGAGAUUUCAGGAGUGAAAUAAAUCAUGAUAACCCAUUGGGCAUGAAUGGUGAGAUUGCCUCUGCAUUUGGAGAUUUAUUGAAGAAAUUGUGGGCCCCUGGGGCAGCUCCAGUGGCACCGAGAAUAUUCAAAUCAAAACUUGCCCAUUUUGCUCCUCAAUUCAGUGGUUUUAAUCAGCAUGACUCCCAAGAACUCCUUUCAUUUCUUCUGGAUGGACUUCAUGAAGAUUUGAAUCGAGUGAAGUGCAAACCAUAUGCUGAGGUUAAAGAUGGAGAUGACAGGCCUGAUGAAGAAGUUGCUGAUGAAUACUGGAGGAAUCAUUUGGCUCGCAAUGACUCUAUCAUUGUUGAUGUCUGCCAAGGUCAGUACAGGUCCACUUUAGUGUGUCCUAUUUGCAGAAAGGUCUCUGUUACAUUUGACCCAUUCAUGUACUUGUCACUGCCUCUGCCAUCAACAUCAAUGCGGACAAUGACAAUAACAGUUAUGAGAACAGAUGAUAGUCCAAAGCCAACCGCAUAUACUAUCACUGUUCCCAAAACUGGAAAACUUGAGGAUCUUAUUCAGGCAUUGAGCAAUGCAUGUUCUUUAGGCGCUCAUGAAAGCCUAUUGGUGGCUGAGAUAUUCAACAAUCGCAUCAUACGUUUUCUAGAGGAGUCAGCUAAUUCACUAUCGUUAAUCAGAGAUGAGGAUCGACUGAUUGCUUAUCAAAUGACAAAAGAAAUUGAUGAAGCACCAUUAGUUGUUUUUACUCACCAGCAGAUGGAAGAGCAAUAUUUCUAUGGGAAGCUAACCACGGUUUGGAAGGCAUUUGGAAUUCCUUUGGUAGCAAGAAGUAAAGUUACUAAUGGAUCUGACGUUAGGAAUCUUUAUAUGAAAUCACUGCUUCCUUUCUCAAUACCAAAAGAAAAUUCUGUUAACUGUUGCAAUGAGACAACAAAAACUGAAAGUGAAGAAAUUAAGGAAAUUGAGGAUGCACUUAGUCCUGAUUCAAAUACAUGUACUCAGAAUGGUGAUCUACUAGAUGGUGAAGCACAGUUUGACUGUGAUUUUGAGUUUUACUUGGCAGAUGAGCAGGGAAAUGUUAGAGGUCCCCAAAUAGCAAUGGAUGAGCCGGUGAACGCUAAGGCUAUGACUGGACAGUUAAGUGUAAUUGUACGUUGGGCAGAUAAGAUGGUUGAAGAGCACAGCCAACAACUGAUUUGCUCAUUACCUGAAGUUUUCAAGUCAGGGUACUUAAUGAAGAGACCGCAGGAAUCUGUUUCUUUGUACAAGUGCCUUGAAGCAUUCCUCAAGGAGGAGCCUCUGGGACCUGAAGAUAUGUGGUAUUGCCCUGUCUGCAAGAAGCAUUGCCAAGCCAGCAAGAAGUUAGAUCUUUGGCGACUUCCUGAGGUUCUAGUCAUACAUUUAAAAAGAUUCUUAUACAGCCGGUUUCUUAAAAACAAAUUGGAGACAUAUGUUGACUUCCCUGUCCACGAUCUUGAUUUGUCUGCUUAUAUCGCUUACAAGAGUGGGGAAUCUUGUAACCGCUACGUGCUGUAUGCUAUUAGUAAUCACUAUGGAAGCAUGGGAGGCGGUCAUUACACUGCAUUUGUCCAUCAUGGUGGCGAUCGGUGGUUUGACUUUGAUGACAGCCAUGUAUCUCCCAUCAACGAGGACAAGAUUAAAUCUUCAGCUGCUUAUGUUCUUUUCUACAGAAGAGUGGAAGAUGAAAAUAAUUAGAUGACAGUUUACUAACUAUUGAAGCCUGACGAAUCAUUUUAUUGGUUUGUCCCUGUUUUUAAGGGUAGAAUUCUUUCAUCCUUGGCAUUGUUUAGUUGUAGUUAGUAGCCUUGAGGAAUAGACUAGAAAGAAUGGCUUUGAUUUAGUGAAAUGCCAAGGACAAUUUACAUAGUGACAACUGACCUGAGAGAUAUAAGCUAGGGAGCUUAUUUUUACAGCUAUAGCCUUCUGAGAUAGACGAAGAUCUGUUUCUUUUGUUUUUAGAGCAGAAACAGGAAGAAGUAUGUGAAAAAUUGCUUUCUGCAUCUUCUACAGUGUAACUUUUGUAGAACUUUUUAGACAACUGAUGAGCUGAUGUUUAGUAGAGGAAAUUAUACAAAUUAAAAUUUGCAGUUUUCUGGUCUGA